UCUGUCAGAUCCUUGCGCCAGGAGGCAUCUUCGAAUCCCCAUAUCUUGGCUGCCUUGAGGCCUCCGUGGCAGCGCGCUAAUAUCAUGGGCAAUCAAUUGGUGCUGCUCUCAGCUGAAGAGUUUCGUGACAUUGUCCUCGCGAUCCCUGACGGUUCUCGGUUUUCCCAUAUUCCACGACACGAGCUGACUACAAACCCCUUCGGCGAGCUGCAAGGUGCGAGUGAGAUGACCAACCUCGAAGUCUGUAUGGCUUUAUUAGAGGCAAUCGACCAGCAUCGGCUCGCGCCGGGAUGUAUUGCUGCAUGCUGUUCCGCACGCCCUGACUUCUGUGUCAUCGACGGAGAUGGUGACACGCUCGAUGCUGCUCUAUUCGACCACGAUGUUGAAUUGUCAAGCAGCCGGGCUCCAUGGACCGCGCAAGAAGUCCCGAUCGUGUUCAGGCAGUGCGGUGUCGACGACGAGUUCUGUUGCGAUAGGAAUAGGCACAUGGAGGACGACGUGGAGAAGCGGAAGGAGAUGCUCAGCAAGUACUUGAGGUAUGCCGCAGUCCUCUUCGACGUCCAGCAGCGUUUCUUCCUCGUCAUGAUCGCCGUCACGGGCCGCACGUUUCGCGUACUUCGCUGGGAUCGCUCCAGGGUCGUGAUGUCCUCAGCCGUCGACUAUUUCACGAAUUGGCAGUUAUUCUGCGACAUCCUGUGGCAUAUCUCCCUCGCUCACCGCUACGUCCCUGAGAUGCUCGGAGCGGACCCUACUGCUGUUCGGCUGAGCUCACGAGAUGCUCGUUGGAGACGCAUGGCUGCUGCCGCCAACGGUCAUGGCAGUGAUUUCGACGAGCAUAUGCGGUUGCUCGGGGACGACGAGUCCAGUGAACCGUCCACACUCGACCACGCCCGCAAUGCUUUUAGAGAGACACUCACCAGUACACACUAGAUAAAUUUUUUGAUCCUUAUAGUUAUAGUAAAACG